UUGUCGUCACUUUACUUAAUAGUUUCAGUUGUUAUCGACGGCUUCAAAAAUUGGGGUGAGCAGCAGCCGUAUAUAAAAGGUGGUGGUUUGAAACAUCGCUACAAGGAUCAUGAAGGAUCGGAACACAAAAUCGGAGGACUGUACUAUCCUUCAGAGGUACAUCUGGUACAUCUUCGUGAAGGGAUGACCCUGCAGGAAGCCGUUAAGGAAAGAGAUGGCACGGCUGUCGUUGCCGUUUUCUUCGCUGUUAGUCUUGACGGCAGAGCCUUAUCCUCUAUAUCGCCUUCACUGGAUAAAAUCGUUUCCGCAGGGAAUUACACCCUCAUGUCAGGAUUCCGUGCCCGUCCUCUUCUUCCUGCGAACACUGACGCGUUCUACCGGUACGAAGGAAGCGUUCCCACUCCGAACUGUGAUGAAGCCGUCAUUUGGACCGUUUUUGGUGAACCAAAUUCAUUGACGCAAGCGCAGCUGGAGCAACUUCGCAGAAUUGUUGGACCAGACGGCAGUCGCCACAAGCACAACUCUCGACCGAUUCAACCAUUAAAUGGAAGAAGAAUACGCUAUAAGCCAAGUCUAACGAUACGCGGGAAAGCUGUGUGGUGCUGGCAAGCUCUUACUAUCAUAACUAGCUUGUUAUUAGCAUCUCUGCGCUAUAUGCUGUAUACGCUGUAG